AUGGAUGUUGUUGGAACAGGAGCUAGGCCUGUGCUGAGCUUAGUUCAUCAGCCUUUUAAAUAUGGGAGAGAAUCAAACCAAUCACAGGAGGGAGUAAAGCUGGACAGCACGAAAGAGAAAGGCGUGAGCGGCCGAAAAACAUCCACCAUUGGUGGAGGAGAGGGGGAGACGCAGUGUUCGGAGGAGACCAAACACGAGAUCUUCCAUCUGCAGCGGUGGAGGAGGAGGAGGAGGGCGGCUCCUGGAGCGCAGGUAACUGUGUCCACCUGGUUGCGAUCAUUGGAUCUUUCCAGUGAUUGGCUGUUGGGAGAGGAGAGAGAAAGGCGCGCGCGAGUCUCUUCAAAAGCACAGAGCGGCGGCGCGGGAUCGGGACAUCAAAGCAAAACUGCUUCGAAAGUAACAGUCGCGGCGCGUCAUCAAAGUCGCAGCGGGAAAGAUCAGAACGCGGAGCGCGCGAACGCCGGCGGGGUUUCCCGCGAGUCCGCCCGCUCACUCCAGUACAAACCGAGAAAACGCCAAGAAAAUCAGCAGCGGACGCGCGCCCGGUCAUCACGUCCAGUUUCUGCGGCGGCUGGUGUUGCAUGCGGCUGCUGCCAUGCAAAUAUAUGGCAUGUUGAGCGUAUAGAAAGACUCCAGACUCGGAUUACUGCUCCAACAGAUCCUCCAGUCGCUCCAGAACAGGAACAAGAGUUUGUCAUCCUGUGUGUUUACAACGACAUGGGCAAAAGACCCUCAUCUGUCCAGUAAGAAUGUUUCAGACGCACAGAGAAAGGUAA